UCUGUGUGAGUGUAGACGGCGUCAUCUGGCGGCCAGAGAGGAAAGCGGGGCGGUGGAGGUCGGAGACGAUGGUGCUCGUUUUAUCGUAAAAUUGUUGCUUCCAGGCGGCGAUUCUGACCAAGAUGCCUGUCAAGCGGUACAGGCGGGAUCAGAGUGAGGUCAGCUGCUGCCUGAAGUAUGUCAUAUUCGGCUUCAAUGUGAUAUUUUGGUUGAUGGGACUCAGCAUCUUGGCAAUUGGGGUGUGGGCAUGGACAGAGAAAGACACAUUUAAUAACCUUAGUCGUCUCACUAACAUUGCUCUUGAUCCAGCCUUUGUUCUCAUUGUCACUGGUGAUCUUGUAUUUAUGCUGAUAUUGGGUUGCUAGCAGGGGUUAAGAAAAUAUGUCAAUCUUAUAUCAGCUUAUGCUAUCUUCCUGGCUAUCCUACUGCUGCUGGAGAUGACAGCUGGCAUUCUAGGUUUCAUCUUUAAAGAUUGGAUUAAAUCCCAAGCUACUAAUGGAUUCCAAGCGUUUAUUGUACACUAUCGUGAUGACCCUGACCAACAGAACCUUAUUGACUGGAUACAGGAGAAGUGGUUGGAGUGUUGUGGCAUUGAGGGCCCCAAGGACUGGGACCGUAACGUUUAUUUUAACUGUUCCUCAGAAGCUGUAGGAUCUCGGGAAGCUUGUGGAGUUCCCUUCUCUUGUUGUAAACAAAAAGCUAAUGAAAUAAUAAAGAACAAGCAGUGUGGAUAUGAUGUAAGAAAGCAAGAUUAU